AGCGCCGUGUAUACGCAUUGUAGCCUUGAAUUCCGUUUCAUUCAUAAUUUUCUUUCAAUCGAGGAUAUGACUAACGUAAAUCAUAAACACCAACCAAAAACACCCUAGCGUACGGUCUUUGUUUUUCUUAAAGAAUGUCGCAGUGCAAAAAGUGUAUGUUACUUAAUUUAUCGACGAUUAAAAACUCUGCAUCGUGUGUAGUGUGUAUAAGUUAAUGGUGCUUAUGUCAACACGCUCCAUUCAUUUUUAUAGAACAUAAUAACAUGGCUGACGAAUUUAAAGUUCGUCUAGAAGAAAGAUUGAAAAUAAAAAUUGGUGAAGCCAAGAAUUUACCAGCCAGACUUCAUGGUUCAGCUACACAGAGGGAUGUGUACUGUACCCUGUCCUUGGACCAAGAAGAGAUUUUUAGGACAGGUACCGUAACUCAAAGUUUAAGUCCUUUCUUCGGUGAAGAAUUUCAGUUCGAGGUCCCUCGAAAUUUCCGUUUCAUCUCGAUCUACGUGUUGGACCGGGAUCGCCAUCUGAAACAGGACAAGAUGCUGGGCAAGGUGGCGAUCCGGAGAGAGCAGCUGUCUUCCUAUAACAAUAAGGAUCAUUGGUUCCCUAUCAAAGCGGUCGACGCUGACUCCGAGGUGCAAGGGAAAGUGAACAUUGAAAUUAAGUUCGAUACGGAAGCGAACGUCUACAAAAGAAGGCUGCUAGUACAGGUGGUGCGUUGUUUAGAGUUAACCUUAAAGAACGGUUCAUGCGAUCCGUACGCGUUAGUUUGCGUGUCGUACACGAACGGAAAAAGUAUAUCGAAAAGAACUAAGGUCCGCAAAAAAACGACGAGUCCGCAGUUCGACGAAGUUUUCCCGUUCUCGAAUUUUGACGGGGGGAAAGACUCGAUGUGCGAGGGUGAUGCGGAAAUCUGUGAAUUACACGUGUCCAUGUGGCACGACACGCCCGGUAUCGGUGACGAUGUGUUCUUGGGGGAGGUCAAGGUGCAGCUCAGGGGGAUGCAGCAACAGAAUUCAGCGCAUCGAAAUGCUUGGUAUUACCUCCAACCACGAUCGACGAAAAAUCGACCGUUUUUGACCAACUCGACGCCCCCCGGAACUCGACUCUCCAGUGAUAAUUCCUUAGGUUCCUUGAGGCUUCAAAUACAGUAUACGGAGGACAGGGUGUUCCCAGCUUCGGUAUAUGAAGACCUAAAGAAUCUUUUAUUAGAAAGUACAAAUAUACAACCUAUUACAGCUACUCCAGUAUACGUUCUUGGUGAGAUUAUUAAUAAGAUGGAUAUAGCUCAGCCUCUGGUGCGAAUAUUUUUACAUUACGAUAAGAUUGUACCGAUGAUUAAAGCGCUAGCGAAUGUUGAGAUUUCUAAUGUUACGGAUCCUACGACGAUAUUUCGGGGGAACACCCUUGUUUCGAAAAUGAUGGACGAAGCGAUGCGUCUCAUCGGACUACAGUACCUGCACAAAACCCUACGACCAACCUUAGAACUUAUAUUUAACGAAAGAAAACCGUGCGAGAUCGAUCAAACUCGGGUCCGAGAUGCCACGACGGUUGCCACCAAUUUAGCCAAUCUUAAGUGCUAUAUUCAAAAAAUCUUCGAAGCGAUAACGCAAAGUGCUGUGCACUGUCCAGCUUUAAUGUGCCAGAUAUUCUACAACCUGAAGGAGUGUGCCAUGAAACAUUUUCCAGAAAACAAAGGAGUGCGCUAUUCUGUCAUAUCCGGAUUCAUAUUCCUCAGGUUUUUUGCGCCCGCUAUUUUAGGACCAAAACUUUUUGACCUGACUACCCAGACAGUAGACUGUCAGACGAACCGGACGCUUACAUUAAUAUCUAAGACCAUCCAGUCUCUAGGCAACUUGGUAAGUUGUAGAUCGACGCAGCAAGUGUGCAAAGAAGAGUACAUGGAGGGUCUGUAUAAGGAGUUCUAUACAGAGACGCACAUGACAGCUGUCCGGCAGUUUUUGGAGAUAAUAUCCGCCAAUACUUCUAGUCAACAGGUUAUCGAGAACGAUAUGCCAGUUAUGUUAAAAGAAGGGCUUAUGAUUAAGAGAGCACAAGGAAGAAAACGAUUCGGGAGGAAGAACUUCAAGCAACGAUACUUUAAGCUUACUACUCAUGAUCUCAGUUAUUCCAAAAGUAGAGGUAAAGAUGCUCUCUGUCGAAUACCCUUGACGAAUAUCUUAGCGGUGGAGAGGCUGGCCGAAACAUCGUUCAAGAUGAAAAAUAUGUUUCAAAUCGUCCAGCCAGAAAGGGCGCUGUACGUUCAAGCGGCCAAUUGCGUGGAAGAGAAAGAAUGGGUCGACCUUCUUACCAAGAUCUGUCAAACGAACGCCAAUCGAUUGAAAAAGUAUCAUCCGUCGGCGUUUAUCAAUAGUCAGUGGUUGUGUUGUAAAUCUCCGAACGAACUAGCACCCGGUUGUAGCGAGGUGUCUCGAACAGAUAGCAACUACCGCAUGAAUCUGGAUCCAGAACGCGAUUUGCAGCGGGUUCAUUCCUUGGUCAUCAACCAUUUGGAUACUCUCGAAACGUUGUGCAUUGACUUAUGUUCGAGCAAAGUACAUGGAGAAGGAGUAACCGCCGAGGCUGCUAUUCUUUGUGACAUUUUGAACCGACUAAGGGAAGUUGCGUACCAAAUAGAGCAGAAACAUCGAAUCUACAAGAGGACGAUGGAUAGGAAUACAAAAUAUGGCAGCCUAGCAGCACCUAUCGGUGAUGAUAACUACUUACUGGCGUCACGACUCAACGUCGACGCCUCGAUUCUGAGAAGAUGCGUCUCCAGCGAACCUACCUCUUGUCCCUGACGCAUCUAACAUAGGAAUAAUUCAUGCUAAAAGGAAAAAAAGUUUUCCCAAUUCAGAAUCUAUGAAAGCACUACUUUUCUGACACACCUAAUGCUGAUUGUAUAUUGUAAAUAUUGAUUAUAAGCUAUUUUCAGCUUCAGGUAACAGAUGACAGACACAAUGAAAGCAGAUUUAGAAAAGUAAGCUGUUCGAAUAUAGAGAACAGAUUGCUCGUCUUGCCAGAUUUAGAGAUGAAAUACUGAAGUUCAGCCUCGCUGGAUACAAAAAUCAUAACGAAAAGAUUUAUAAUACCUGCUUGUGGGCCUAAUACUAUUGACCGGCACUAUACAAACAUUGAAAUUUGUCCUCCAUUGUGCGAAACUAAUAGAUUUGUAUGGUUCAAAAAGAAGAAUACAAACGUAAAAGUGGUAAACAUAAAGUUAGAGUAUAUUUCAUUUCCGUGUAAGACGGAAACCACAACAUAUCUAACAAAAUUAAGUGCAUGAGUGCACUGACUGAUUCUUUGUAAUUAUUUUUUGUUUUUAUACGUUAUAAAAAAAUUAUAUACAUAUUUUGUAACCAAAUCUUUCAAAUUUCCAUACAAAUCACAUUGAAGAAAGCACAACAAAUCUAUUAUAGUUAAAAUAAAAUUACACUACAUGUAAAUCAAAAUGUAAAUUCGUACUGGUUGAAACAAAUUUUAUAUCAAACUUAGGUGAGUACAAAAAAUAUUUUCAAGAAAGUAUCCAAAUCAUAUAAGGGAUCAUUGUUUAAAUAAUUAAAAAGGGGUCAUUUUGGCAUAAUAUUUCCUUUUUUAACUGCUGAGGUAAUUCACGUUUUAAUGAAGGUCUUUUAGAUUUUUUCUGCUAUGGUGGUGCGGAGUUGCAACCACCGGUGAUGGGCUUGAUUAACUGCGACUCACUAUGUACUUAAAUAUAUUUAUUAACUCACUACGUAAUGACAGUAACUAGUUGGUGUUGGAUGGUUGUUACAUUGUCUGGACUCUAGCUAAGUCUGUUUCUGAAUAAUCUCUGAUACCUUUUUUCACGUAUACAUAUCUAUCCUAUUUGUUUGUUAUGAUUUCAUAUUUGUCUAACGCGACCGUGAAUUAAUAACAGUAUUUUUGUUUGCUUGCAGUUUUUACCAUGCGUGGCCUAGUUUACAUAAAUCAACGCCAACUACUUACAUAAUCAAAACAAUAACUUAUUUUCUGGAUGUUAAUUUAAAUCCUUUAAACUGCGAAGUAGAAGAAUAAAGCUUUCACUUAUGUUUACUAGAUUAAAUUUGACCCCUAUUUAUUUAAAUAACUAUAUAUAAAACUUAAAAAACAAAUUUGCAAAAAAUUAUUAUUUGCGUUUUAAUUAAGUACUAUAAAAUAUUUAUUUUGUAGGAGAAGUUGCGCUAUGUUACCAGUAUAAAGCAAAAAAAAAUGAGUCGAAAAAUAUUUAAUAAUUUAUGAGAUAUUGAAUUUGUUUAUUAAAUGUUUAUGUAUAUUUUCUAUAAAUGUAUUGAUAAAUUCAAAUUUCAAUUAAACUCCCUUUUAAAAUGGCAUUUGAAAAUUGUUCUAAUUUGUUUGUAACUUGUUUCUGGAAUAACAUCGCGAGGAUUAAAUAUUUUGAAAUGCUAUUUCGAUAAUCGGGUUCUUCGGAAUUUUUCGCUAAUUAACAAAUUUGUUUGUCGUUGUUUUUCUUCUUUUUUUCCUUGGAGUUAUAUGACAACGGGCUCAUUCUCCGAUACACCAUUUUACAAUAUUUUCCUUAACUUAAUAUUCCCUAUCCUACUUGUCUUACUUAAUUUAUUUAAGGAUUUACCACUGGUCAGUGGGGAGACUACGUUGGGAAUAACAUAGUUUUGCUUAUACAGAGUGAGUUUUAUGAUGGAAAGCCUCAAUUAUCUCAGAACCGGCUUGAACGAUCUUGAUAGAUUUUGAUGGGUAAGGGUUUUCUAAUGCGGCCGAUCUUAUAGUGGUAUAUACAUUGUUGUCAGAUCUUCCGUUUGUCUGGAUACCUAAUGAACUUUCUUAUUUCAAAUAGGACACCCUGUAUAUUUUUUUCAUUUUGAAGUCCUUAAAAAAUACUGAUUAUUGUUCAUGAGAAACUUAACUUUAGAGAAAAAUUAUAAAUGACCUUUUUUGUUCCCAAUGAUCCAAAGAACCUAAAAUAAUGUCUGCCCGGGCCGAAAAAAUUGAUUUUUAUAAUUUGUUUUAAUUUUUUUUUUAAAUAAAUGUAGCAAUAACUCCGAAAUUACGGCAUUUAGAUAUAGGUAAAUAAAUCGAAAAUACCUUUAAACAAACGUGAAUUACCGCAGCAGUGAAAAAAGUAAAUAUUGUGCAAAAAUGAAGUCUGAAUGUCCUUUUCAAUUAUUUAAACAAUGAUCCCCUUAUAUGAUUUGGAUACUUUCUUGAAAAUACCUUUUGUAUUCACUUAAACUUUGUUAUAAAAUUUGUUCCAACCUGUAUGGAAUUACAUUUUGAUAUUUUUUUUUAUUAGGCUAUAUUGGAUUGUAAUAUAAUCCAUAUCUGAUUAUAAAAUAGUGAUUCUUUCAUAGGUUCAGACGUGACCAGACAAAAGCUAACCAUUAUGUAAUGAAGAUUCUCAAUUGAAGACUGUUCUUUAAGAUUAUUUUUAGUAGGAUAAGAAUAACGAAAGAAAAGAAAGUAACACCAGUGUAUUAUAUAGCGACUACCUUUAUUAUUUUUAAAAGGAAACGUUCGAGAGCUGUUAAACCGUGGAAAAUUAAUCGUUUUAGAUACAUUUUCCAUUACAGGUAUUUUAAAUAGCUUUAAAGGUAUAAUAGUUUUAAUCUUCUGUAACUCAGAAAUUUUCUGGUUAGAUCUCAGUUAUUUGAUGGAUAAUGAAUAUAAUAAGGAAACUAAAAACUUAUUACGUUUUGGUUAAAAUAUCGGAAGUCGAAAAGUUAAAAAAAGUUUUUAUUUUGCUCAUUUUUGGGGUUAUUUAUAUGAUAUAUUGUAAAAUUAUGUAUAGUUCUUUCAUAUCAAUUAAUCUGUUCACAAAACACUCUGAAAUUAUCGUCUAAGCGUUUUUUUGAGGAGUUUAGUUGACUCUUAACUCAUGUACUUUAAUUGCAUUCUUCCACAUCAUCUGUCUUCAAUAAUAGCAAUCUUCUUGCUUGCUAUAUUACUUUGAACUUUCUUCUACCCUACGUCUGUUACGGAAGGAAAUAAAUACUAACAGUUAAUGCUUCUUAUACCUUAAAACUUUGCGGUAAUAUUUCUGUAAACAAAAAAGAAAAUCGGUUUCGUUUUGAUUCAAAUCGAGUCUCUUGAUUAAUAGCAAGCUGAAAAUUUGUUAAUAGCUUAAGGGUGUCUAGUCGGACAAACUUUGAUAUAUGGGAAUACUGGAACAGGGGAAGUUUUAAUUGUGGAACAGGUUAAAAAUUUGGAACGGUCAGACCACGAAAACGGCACAUGUAUUUUGUCCGACAGAACAGACUUAAACUCUCCGAACAGAGAUUAAACUCUCAUGCAAAAAUCAGACUGCUAUUUAUCACCAAAUGGGCGUUUUAAUGAGUGGAACAUGUAGAAUAUGUCAAAUGACAGGUGAUAAAUAGCAGUCUGAUUUUUGCAUGAGAGUUUAAUCUCUGUUCUGAGAGUUUAAGUCUGUUCUGUCGGACAAAAUAAAUGUGCCGUUUUCGUGGUUUGACCGUUCCAAAUUUUUAACCUGUUCCACAAUUAAAACUGCCCCUGUUCCAGUGUUCCCAUAUAUCAAAGUUUAUUCGGCUAGACACCCUUAAGCUAUUAACAAAUUUUCAGCUUGCUGUUAAUAAACUUUUUUUUCAUACGCGGGAUCCAGACCUAUUUAACAAAGAGGCUUUGCAAGAAGACUGAUUUGAAUCAAAACGCGCAGAGAAGAUGGUAUAAAUAUUCAAAUAUUUACACCGGAGUAUGGUUAGACUGACCUCUAACGGGGAACGAUGAAAUGAAUGUCGACAACGAAUCAAGUAAUCUGUUAAACCAGGUACUAAAGUACCAAACGGGCGACGCUAGGAAAAUAGUCCUUGCUUUUUCCUAAAUCUUUUGAAUCCAUUAAUUUUUUUCGAGUCCUAAGAAAACUAAUAAAUAUUUUUGAAAAAUUUAAACGCAGAAUUAAAGAUUACAUUACUACCGAGGGCCGAAAGUUCCUUAGAAUAAACAAAAAGUUUCUUUUGAAUGAGAUAUUUGAAAUUAAAAAUGACACUAAAUUUUCUCCUUUUUUUCACCCCUGUAUUAAAAUAAACAUAGACUUUCGGCGCUCGGUAAUAAUGUAAUCCAUUCUGCGUUUAAAUUUUUCAAAUAUUAGUUUUCUCAGGAUUCGGAACAAAUGAAUGCGUUUAAAAGGCAUUGGAAUCGAAAUUUUGCGCCUACCCCCUUAAAGCUCUUGUUCGUUGGAGAUAUGCAGAGCAUAGUGUGGUUCCAACCAAUCGACCGUAAGUUAGAUCAAUUGAAAUCAAACUAAAAAUAUAUCAUUGAUAAAUUCAAUUGAGUUUGGUGAGGAAUUGUGUAUAUAUUUUAAGAUAUCUACUAUAUCUUACACAGUUUACAUAACGUUGGCUUAAAGCACCUUUAUUGUAUGUCAAUUUUUUUCUGUUAUUGAGUUAUACUGUACCUUGAUGACCUCCUAACAGUCUAUCAUCCUGCACAGAAAUUGCAUGUCCUAACGUGUUUGGUGUGGUAUAAUAGUAUAUUAGGCAACAAGUGCAGAAAGGUACUAAUUUCUCACGAGUUUGAAAAGUUACGGUACGAGCGCAAGCGAGUGCCGCAAUUCAAAUGAGUGAGAAAUUACCUUUCUGCACGUGUUACACACUAUACUUUUUCUACAACCACAGUUUUUGCUAAAAAUAAAAAUCACAAUUUCCAAACGAAUAUUUAUUAUAAUAAUAAAUUAUAAAUUUUAAACUGUAUUUAAUUAAUACUAAUAAAUUUAAAUUCCUUAUACCUAAACAAAUUACACAGAAAUCAGUUAAAAAAUUAAUGCACUGCCUUAAUUUGUUUGAAUUUAAACUAUUUUAAAUAAAUCAUUACAAAAUAAUGUCACAUUUGACGUUAUAUUUAUGCAGUCACGGAUUUCCACCAGAUCUACUUCAUUCAACGUAUCUUGCUGAGGUUACUAAAUCCUUAUUUGUUAAUUGAUAAUUAUAAAAUGUUUAUUAAGAAUAAAAUUGUAAAAUAAACCAUCCAUAACAUCCAUGUAACAUCCAUAAUUUAAUUUCUAUUCGAUAAUUAAGUAUAAUAAUUGUCUUACAGGUUGUAUAUUUGUCUACAUUUUAACCACAGAUGUAAACAGAAUAUAACGUUACUCAGAAUGAGGUAGUCAACUGUGCAGAAAAGAACUUUCCGGCACAGAAACGUCACUUUUCUGCACGCUAAUGUCAUAUAUCUUAUACUGUGAGAAAAUAUCACGUUUGCUAACAUAAAACUGUGCAGAAAAGUGCACUUUGAAUAGUGGUUGUAGAAAAUAGUUAUUUUUCUAACUAGUGCGGAAAGUGAUACUUUCACGCACGAGACUGCCGUUGACCCGAACGACGCGAUAGCGAAGUUCGGGCAAGCAGUCGAAUGCGGGGAAGACACUUUCCGCAUGAGUUAGGAACAAUAUUUUUUCUAGGGCCGUACGUUUGGAAAAGAGCCACAAAAAAUAGAGUUAUAUCAAUUUUAUUUAGAAGUGAAAAUACACAAAUUACUUCUUUGACAAGGUUGUCGAAACCAAACUUUCAAUAUAAUGGGUUACCACGACGACGAUAUUGGUUUCCAUGACGACGAUUCAAAACCAUUGUAAUUGUCGACUGAUCUGACCUUUUUCAUAUGUCAAAAUAAUUUUAUUUCAUUGAAUUAUCAGUAGUAAUUGCACAAGAGCUCUAAAAUUCUAUAUUAAUUUUAGAGAUCGAGUGCAAUUUGUUGCGAUUAUUUCAUGAAUAAAACUGUUCAAAACCAAAAUUUUAUUGUAAUUUAUUUAUGUAAGUACAAAAUUAGUACAAUUAAACACACAGUUGUUAUAAAUAUUUCACGGUUGAAAGUCAUCACUUUUAUAAUUUUUAAAACAUUAAUUGUAAUUAAUGUCACUGAAUUUAUUUUUUCGUAGCAACGAAGGGCAUCUGACGUAAUAUACUUGACGACGGAAAAUUAUCAAUUUAAUUUAGAUAUCUGUAGCUUUCUAUUGGUCAGAAUCUCAUAUGAAUAAAAUAAUCGCGCUCAUUUCAUUAAAACAUGAACACAAUAAGAUAAAUUUGAAAUAAAUUAGUAAAUAAUAUCUGAAUAUUAGUUUAUUGCAUGUUUUAUAAUAUAUUAUAAUGCCAUAUUACAAGGUAUUUUACUUUCACGCACGCCGUGCGGGAAAGUGCAACUUUCGGAAACGAAAUGCGUGCGUGAAAGUGGCUCUUUUAGCACGGCCAUAGAAAAAAGAACUUUCCGGCACAGAAACGUCACUUUUCUGCACAAUAAUGUCAUAAAUCUUAUACUGUGAGAAAAUAUCAACUUUGUUAACAGAAAACUGUGCAGAAAAGUGCACUUUGAAUAGUGGUUGUAGAAAAAUGAUAUUUCAAGAUUGUGCGCUAUAGCACCGUACUACAAGAGCUUUAACAUUCAAACUCGAUUUUCUCAAAAAGUACAUGCACGGACAUACAAUAAGUGUGCUUUAGGCCAUCGAUAAGGUCUCCGCAAAAUCUCUGGGCUCUAAAUACACUUUAGCUCAUUGUCAAACUUCGCGUAUAUAGGUAUCAUAUUUGUCUUUUGUCAUCACAUUGAUUCAACCUUACAUUAGACUAAACUAAAAAGAACUAUACCAGUAGAGAGUAGUACAAAUUGAUAUAAGUACUAAUUUUCUCUUGCAUAUGCACUACCUUUAAGACUAUUUAUUCACAGUUUCCUAUUAACUUGGAGCAAGAAUGCUGUGAAUGUUGUAUGUUGAAGUUUUUCUUUUUGUUAAUUACAUUUAUAUCGAUUUAUUAUAUCGUACAGAGACUUUCGGUUUGUAUAUAUCUAAAAGUAAGAAUAUAGUAUUAAUAAUACUACGUCAUUUUAUACGUACUGUUAUAUACAUCAUGUGAGAAGGUAGAACAUAGGAACCAUUCCAAAUGAAGAUUUAAUAAUAGGUAAAAAGUCAUAAGGCGUUUUAUUUUAAGUUUUCUCCUUUUUUGUGAAUGAGACCUCUAAUAUGUUAUUUUCAGCAAUAUCUUCAAAAGCAUGUUUUAAAGCUUUUAAGCAUCAUCAAGACUACUUCCAAGCGGAAUAAAAAUGGGUGGAGCGCUUAAUUUCUUUUUUGCCUCCACUCUUGUUUGUCUGUGGCUGCUCUUCUCCAUACACGGACUCCUAAAAGGGCUUGUGCUGUGGUCAAUCUCAAAUAUUCAUCAUUCAUAUCCGAUAUUAAACAGUAUAUUUUUAUCACCCCGUAGAUCACAUGAAAUCAUUUGCUAUUAUAUUUAAACAUGUGCGAGCUAUUUAAUUUGUUUAAUUGUUGCAAAUCAUAAACAAUAUUUUGGCAAUGGGCAAUAAUUGUGCUGACUAAAUAAAAACCUUUGUUCUUUUGGUCGUGUGGCUAUGACCCAAUUCAUGUUGCCAACAAGAGAGAAUAUACAUUUAGAUUCAUUCACUAGAGUCAACUCAACCAGGCAAGAUGUGCCUUUAACUUCAUUCCUUCGAGUCACCUCAUACACUCAACAUGUAGCAUCAUAAAGUAGUCUCAUUUUAAUUCUCAUACGAAACGAAUCGGUAAAGCAACAUUCUCCCGAUGUUUAGGUACCCUAGUGUCAUUCUCUAUUAAUAAAUCAUCUAAGUGCACUUGGUGUUUCAAUAUCAGGCGAUAGAUCACCAGCUGAACCCGAAGAUUAGAUGGUGAAGGACCAGCAUGGUCCUUCGACUUGCUGUUUACUGUGGAGCGCUUAACUUACAAAUAUAAUUUGGACGAUCUUAGUUGGAUGGAACCUCACCAGAUAGGAAAUCUUUCUUUUCUAUGAAAAGUAAUAUCGGCUGGUAUUCGUCGGGGCUCAGAAGUCUGGGAUAUAUAAGCGAAUUUUCGUUAAAACUAGAACAUCCAACACACACCUCCAUUUCCUUUUAUGUAUCGUACUCUUAUCAUACGUUGGUUAUCAUCAACUUGAUAUACUGUUUUCCUAAAAUAUUAGUCGAGGAACCAAAGCUUUUCACCUCGCAAUUUUUACAGAAUGGAUCGAUUUGCUUGAAAAUUUGAGAAUAAGCAGUGGAUAGUCCAAGGAUCAAAAUCUAUAUGAUGCCGAAAGGCGCUUUUACCAUGGGGAUGGUUAGCACCCCAUCUCGAGGGUGGAAAUUUUUUAUUAUAUUUUGAUCGCAAAAGUUGAUGAAAACAUUCAUUCUAAGCAAAAAAUGUUCUAUACAUUUUUUUGAUAGAAUUAAUAGGUUUCGAUUUAUUCGCUAUCGAAAGUGUUAGUUUUAUAUCGAAAAAAUCAAUGUUUUUCGAUAAUUACGAUUCACUCAAUUUUUGCCGUAGAAAAAAUGUUUUUGAACCAAAUUCUUGGGAAUUAAAUAACCUACAAUUUCAUAUUUAAACAUUUUAUCGUAUCUCUGAUGCUAAUCUUUCUAUUAUGAAGAAAAUGGCAUUUUUUACCAAACUACAAUAAUUCGUUAUUCGCUUUUAACUCCUGUUUUUUUAAAAACUAAUCAUUCUAAGCCAGUCAAACUUCUAGAAUCUAUUAAUAAUACAUAAAUAAAAAAGUAUGAAUAAGGCCAAUGACUAAAAACACCGUUAACUUACAUUGUUAUGCUUCCAACUGGAUUUCUCCUUUUUUUUUUUCAAACAAUAUAUUGAUUUUUUAACCGUAACUUUUUUAUUUUUUAUCUUAGAAAGUUUGGUAAAAAGAAUUAUUUUGCAGAUAUUUUCAAGAUCUAUAAGCCUAUUAAUAUUAAAUCUCUUUAAAAUCCUCAGUCGCAAAAAGAGGUGACUUUGAAAGAGUUGGUAAAGGUGGUUUUUGCAUACUAUUACAAGUUUUAAUUGUCAAUAGCUCACUCAAUUUUUGCCGUAGAAAAAAUGUUUGCAAACCAGGUUCUUUGGAAUUAAAUAAGCUACAAUUUCAUAUUUAAACAUUUUUCGUAUCUCCGAUGCUAAUCUUUCUAUUCUUUCUAUCCAUUGUUUCCAAAUUACAAAAAUUUGUUAUUCGCUUUUAACUCCAUUUUUUUUAAACUAAUGAUUCUAAAUAUGUCAAACUUCUAGAACCUAUUAACAAUACAUAAAUAAAGAAGACCAAAUAAGAUCAAUGACUAAUUUUAAUUAGGGUGUUGAUUAGGAGGUUGCUUCCGAUCACUUUUUCGCUGAAAAAAAAUAGGGACUGACAUUAUUUUCAUUAUAAGUCACUUAAUUAUUGAGCUAGAGACUAUUUUUUUUUUAUUUCUGGAGAUAGAUAUUUUUAAAUACUUUAAAUUAGUUUCAACAAGUUAUCCUCGAAAAAUGCAUAGUUUUCCCGUCUUUUGACUUUGAAACUACAAUAUUUAACAUUUGACGAAGAAGAGCUAAUUUAUAAUAAAGUAUAGCUCGAUUACUAUUGGUCUUAAAGAAAAUAAAAAAACGGGUUUGUUUAUUUUUUCAAAAGGUACAUUUUUGUUAAGUAAAGUUGUUUUGAUAAAACGUAAACUUUUGGAGUUAUUAGCAUAAAACUCAUUAGAAACAUUGAUUUUUUCGAUAUAAAACUAACACUUUCGAUAGCGAAUAAAUCGAAAAAUAUUAAUUUUAUCAAAAAAAUAUAUGGGGUAUAUAAUUUAUGUAAAAUAAAAUUUAUUUUAUUUAUUAAACAGAACAAGAAACUAGCAGAUAUGGAAUACGCAGAUGAUAUCUGUUUCGUAGCGAACACAAUAGAGGAUAUGAAGAGCAUGUUAAGGAAGCUAGAGGUAAAAUCCGCAGAAGUGGGUCUUAAAAUCAAUACGAAUAAGACAGUAGAGAUGAGAAUAGAAGUAACUAACUGUGAUAAACUAUACAUCAACCAACAAGAAAUAAAACAGGUUCAAGAAUUUUGCUACCUUGGCAGUAUAAUCAGUGUAAAAGGUGGAGCUCAAGCAGAUAUUAAACGAGAAUACGAAAAGCACAACAAGCCUUUGGAACCCUCUCAAAUAUAUGGAGAUCAACACAGAUCAGCCAAAAUACUAAAAUAAGGCUAUUUAAUAGUAACGUGAAAACUGUACUACUUUAUGGAAGUGAAACAUGGGCAAUAACUGACGGAAAUGUAAAUAAAAUCCAAGUUUUUGUAAAUAGAUGUCUACGUAAAAUUCUAAAGGUAUAUUGGCCCAAUACCAUAACAAAUGUAGCACUAUGGAGGAAAACCAAACAAGAACCCAUCAAAACAACAAUAAAGAGGAAAAGAUGGAACUGGUUGGGCACACCCUGAGGAAAGAAAAUGCAGACAUAACAAAACAGGCACUCAAAUGGAAUGCAGUAGGACGAAGAAGCAGAGGACGCCCGACCAAAACAUGGAGGAGUAACAUUGAAGAAGACCACAAAAGUACGAAGAAAACCUGGGGAGAAAUGGCAGCCAUGGCCAGAAAUAGAGGAGAAUGGAGACGCUUCCUGGAUGCCCUUUGCUCCUUUAUGGAGUAACAGGAUUGGAUAUAUAAAAUAAAAUUUCCAUCUCCGAGAUGGGGUGGCAACCACCCCCAUGGUAAAAGGGCCCUUCGGCAUCAUAUAGAUUUUGAUCCUUGGACUAUCCACUACUUACUCUCAAAUUGUCAAGCAAAUGGAUCCAUUCUGUAAAAAUUGCGAGGUUUUGUCCUAUUUUAAGCUUCAUUACUUGGACUAUAUGUCGUUGAUAUAGAUUCUUUAGCCAGAAAAUACACCUCCACUCGUAGCUACCUUUCCUUCUAUUACCAGUGUUAAGAGUAAAAUCAAACUUAUCUUUUCUUAGGAUAUGGCCAAAAUAUUUAACUUUGCGCUUUUUUUAGUAAACGGAACUUUUAAGUCAUAAGUUAAACGUAUAACCAUGAUAUUCUAAGUAUUUUACGAUAAUGCCACAUCUCAAAUGUCUCCAAUUUCGUACACAUACAUAGCUUAUUCAGAGUGUGUACUUUUAUGCUAGAAUAUAAAUUACUUACAAUCCGACAAGCAAGAGCUGGCGGGUGACCUUCUCGUUCUCGUAUUGUGUAUUUCUCGUUGUGUAUUUUCGCGCAAGGUCACCCGCCAGCUCUCGCUUGUCGGAUUGUAUAACAUAACAGCACAGCUCCCGAAUUCGUGUUCGCGACUACACUACAUAAAACUGGUUUCAUUGUGACAAAUUAUCAAUAAAAACAUGAAUUAAGUCAAGUCGAUGGAACUCCUGUCAGAAUACAGGGUUUAGCAAUUCGCGGAGACUCAUUCAUUGAACUCUAUCAAAAAGCGUUAAAACGCUAGUUAUUAAAAGUUUGUUUGGAAAUAGUUCCACUUUCUAACGUGACGUAUGACUUUAAUAGUUCAUAAAACGGGAAAUAUUUAAAAAUGAACAUAAAAUAAUAUACAUAUUAUUGUUUAAUAUACAGAGAGCACGUAAAGGUUGGAAUAAAUUAAUUUUCUCGAGAAUGGACAAUUUUGGAAAAAAAUCCCGAAAGAGGUCAAUUUUUAUUUUUAAAUUACGACUUUUUGUCAUAUAUAUCAUACUAGUGACGUCACCCAUCUGGGCGUGAUGACGUCAUCGAUUAUUUUUUUUAAAUGGGAAUAGGGGUCGUGUGAUAGCUCAUUUGAAAGGUAAUUUAAUUCUCUAUGCAGUAAUAUAAACAUUUACAUAAUUAUUUACAUAGGGUGUUAAAAAGAAAUUGUUUUGAAUUAAAUUUAUUGACAUAAAAAGAAGGAUGAAUGUAAUUUAUUUAAUUCAAAAUACAUUUUACUGUUUUCAGAAAACAGAAAAAAAUGUUUAUUUGGAAAAUAAUCAUUCCUUUUCGCUUAAAUCAAAUGUUCAAACUGUUAAGAGGAAGGUGGGUGGCGGCUUUAAUAUUGAGUUUAUGCAAAAAACAAUAUUUAUUUGUCAAAUAAACAUUUCCUGUUUUUUCUGACAGCAGUAAAAUGUAUUUUAAGUUAAAUAUAUUACACACAUUCUUCUUUUUAUGUCAAUAAAUUUAAUUAAAAAAUUUUUUUUUUGGACACCCUGUAUAAAUAAUUAGUUAAUGUUUAUACUACUGAAUAGAGAAUUGAAUUACCUUGCAAAUAAGCUAUCACACGACCCCUAUUCUCAUUUAAGAAAAUUAUAGAUGACGUCAUCACAUACAGAUGGGUGACGUCACUAGUAUGAUACAUAUGUCAAAAAGUCGCAAUUUAAAAAUAAAAAUUGACCUGUUUUGGGAUUUUUUACCAAAAUCGUCUAUUCUCGAGAAAAUGAAUUUAUUCCAACCUUUACGUGCUCACUGUAUUUAAAUCAAUCUACUAUAAAUAUUAUGACCAUUCUGAUGCUAGAGCUUUUUUUUUAAAUCGAUCUGCCCUUUUUCUGUGCUGUUUUUACGGUGAAUAGUAUCGGUUUGAAAUUUCUUCUCUGUAUAUUAACUAUUUUAAAAUAAGUUCUAAUACUAGCCGGUACGACAAUCAUUACCCUCGUUAAUUCCCGUUGUACAAAACGACAAGUAGAUGUAAAAAUAUCUGCCCGGGUAAACGAAUCAAGUUGCGGGUGAUGAACUAAAUUGUACGAUCAAAUCGGGUUGUACUCUGUACUUUUCUAGGACCAAGUUUUCCUCGGCAGUUAUUUGAAGAGUACAAAAAUACGUAGAUCGAUACACCAGGGUAAAAAAAUACGGAAAUAAGCAAUAAGUUUUCUGGGGGAAGAUAUAUUUUUGGACCAGAUUAUAAUAUAAAUCUAUAAAACUCGAGAUGUAAGAAGUAUUUUGAACAUUACUAUAAAUUAGUAGCAAUAUUUCGAUUUAAAUUAGGAUAACAUUUUAGAUAUACGGGGUGUGUAAACAGAAUUUGUUGAAAUCGGAAGUUUGUGUUAAAAUAUUAAAUAUAUUCAGUAAUUCUUAAAGUGUGUUAGUGGUGGUUAGGGGGGUUUGAUGUGGGGAAUUUUCAUUCAUAAAAUGGUGACUCUUACGUCACCUGUCAGGUUUUUAAAUACAUAAUACCAAUAGUGUGAAAUAUUUAUUUUUUGCAGUUCCAUGACAACGUUGCAAACACAUUAUUAUAAUCACUUUUUUACCUGAAUAAAAAAAGAUUAAACCCCUCCGUAGCUGUGAUAACAGAGCCUACCUUUGGGUCUAUAGGUCGUGAGUUCAAAUCCCGGUUGGGUGAGAUUUUUUUCAUUAAAAUAUUUAAUAAAUGAAAAUAAUUUAUAUUGCUGUGGGAUCGGUAUUCACCUGACGGACCACAGCCGUUCAGAUUCAAUAAGCGUCUCUUUGUAAAGACCACGAAGUCGACUUUACUAAGUAACAAGACAUUUACUCAACACAAACACUACACAUUACUCAUGUGAUACUCAAGUGAAUACUUAUAUAAUAUGUAAUCACGUGGCUAAAGGUUCCAAACCAAGGCGAAAAACGUACAUUAAUAUGUCAUUUUUGUUAAACUGACAGACGACGUUAGAGCAACCAUCAAAAGCUAAACUAUGUAAUUAUGUCAGAAAAUAUUCCAUGUCAAACAAUCAAAAAAUCCUACUUACACGAAAAAUAGAAGGAAACCUAUACACACUAAGGCUUGAUAGGUCAUAUGAUAUCCUUUUGUUUAUUUUUUCUAGUUUACAAUAGAUUUCACGAAUAUUUCAUUAUGAAAGUCAUGGCGGUCAAUGAACAUAAAUAUAACUUGAACAGGAACUCAAUAUACUCAACUUAGCCGAUAUAUUUUAGAAUUUAAAAUAUUCUUGUUCUCAUGAUCAUUUUUCAGUGCGUCACAGUUUUUCGAUUUCUCUCUAAUGCAUUAAGUUAGAUAAGACGGAAAAAGCGGUAGCUCCGUGAUUAAACACAAAAAUAAUGCAGCAUUACAAUGGUUAUAUACAUAAGAUGUCUAUUCCUAACCUACGUUUGAUUCGUUGAUAUUUAGAAUGCGCGUUUUUUCUAGCCAAUCAAAUACACGUAUUACGAACAUUUGACGAAAACUUCGUCCAUUUUGGCCAUUUUUUAGAAGUGUCAAAGAGUCAAGUGACGGUUAUUAUUCAGGUCAGUAUUUUGUGUACCUGUCAUUUUGAAAUUUCGAAUUCGACUUCACUUGUGUUUCACAACGUCUUUGUGCAUUAUUUUGUGUUUUGGUUUAGAAUUUAGUUCGUUAAAAGUUAGUCAUUGACGUGAGGAGACUAGAGACAUUUGAGAUGUACCGAAGAGUGCUAAAUAUCUCAUGAGUAGAUAGAAUAGCCAACGUGGAGGUAAUGAGACUUACGCAUAAGGAACGAGAACUAACAAAUAAGAAGAAAACUGAGAUAUAUUGGACAUGUGAUGAGAGAUGUAUAUCUAAUACUCCAGGUCAUUAUGCAAGAAAAAGAUCCAUAGAAAGGAGACGUAACUCAUGGCUGAAGAACCUUAGGAACUGGUUUGGAUGUAAUAACAAUGAAUUAUUUAGAG